UAACUGCUUAUGUUGUAGUAACUAGGUUCUUACCGCUGCUAUCGAUCUUAACAACGAAAUACCGGAGUCUUGGAAGUAUCACGCAUGUCGGACGUGCUAUGGCGUGCUACGGCGAUCAACGGGACCGGGGUUAUUACGACGACCGAGAUAACAGGGAUGGAGGGCGGGACGGACGUGAUUACCGUGACCGGGCGUAUGAACGGGAGCCACGCCGCGGGCCUGUUACAUGCUUCAACUGCGGUGAUACCGGACAUUACGCUAAUCAGUGUACUCAGCCGAGGCGUCAGCGUAAUGCUCGACCGGCGGCAUCGUCAGAUUCAAGGGGAAACCGUGGCCAGAGCAGGCGGGCCGUUGCGAAUGACCCACUUGAAUCGAAAGUGGCCGAGAUUGGCAAGAGUGUGGCAGCUGUCUGCCAAUUCGUUGAGAUCGAACAGCAGAAGAAAGCGUUGAAAGAACGGAAGAAGAUGGAGAGGAAGGAAGCGGAGGAACGUGCAGCGGCGGAGCAACAGGAGCUGGAACUGAAGCGGAAGAAGGAGGAUAAGGUUAGACGAGAUGCGGAGAAGUUUGAAGAAGUCAACAAACACUUGGAUAUCAAGGUUGCACUCCGAAUCGGGGAGUUACGAGAGGAUGUACGGGAGGACGUUGUACCUACUGCGGGAUCUGGGCAUGGAAGCAGCGCGAGUAGCAGUGAUACGGAGCAGUUGAGCGAGAAAACUCGAAAGUUGUGCAUCUCCGAGAAAAGAAAGCGCGGACCUGAACCGAUGUUCGGAGGCAGCCCACCGAUGGAGAUUCCGCCGAAGCGUACACCACGCAAGGCGGUCAAACCUGCCCAGCUGACCGAACGCCUCACACGUGCUAAGGCUAAGAGACAAGGAGGGAUGCCCACACCGAAGAAGACGCCACCGUCUAUUCGGAAGAAGGCUGCAGCAUCAGGAGUGGUGAGCAGAUUGAAGCUCGAAAAGAGGAUCAUGAAUGACCUCAAAGGGCUUGAUGCCCUUGUUUUGCAGAACAUUUGUAAGGAUGAGGGCAUAGCGUAUAACGGUAAGUUCGAAUCUAUCUUCGACAUCGCCGCGCACGGUGCUCAGCUUGCCUACGGGCCUGAAGAGGAGGAAGUCAAGGAUGCUGAACCUGUAGUCGUCACUACCGAUGAUGUCGACGAUACAACACAGACCACUGAAGACUAAUGUGUCUUCAGUAUUGCUGACCUUUGGGCUAUUGUGAAGAUUUUGGCUGAUUUGCGAACUCUC